AUGGCGUGUGCAAAUUGUAUUCGCAUUGUGUUGGAAAUCAUGUACAAACUUAAUCCAUUAGUACAAAAGUUAACCGAUUUUGUACAUACAGAUAGUAUGUAUAAAUUAGGAAAUCGUUUUUUGCCACACUCCAAUGAUUCCAAUAUUUCAGACAAUAUAUCCUGUGGAAACACGACAAGUGAACGUGAUCAGACUAUACUGAAUGAAUUACACCAGUUGGAUAACAGUAUCACAUUCUUAUUGAAUACAUUUCAAAGCUAUAAGCCAAAGAAGCCGAAAAAGAAAAAGAAGAAGAGGAAGAAUCGUAAUCAGACGACGACGGCAUCGACGAAAAAUACGGCUACCACAACCGCCACCACCACGGCCACGAGUACUAUUCGCACAACUAAGACUACUACUUUGCAGAAGUCGUUCGUCAAUGAAUUACACGAAUUAAGUAGUCAUGUGAAUAAUCUUUUAAAUUAUCCUAAAGCGGAUCCUACUACUACUACUAAGGCUCAAAGUGUGCAGACACUACUAAGUCGACUAGACGGUGAACUCAACAGUCUAAUCGAUAUAUUUACAAGUUAUCCUAGUCAACUGGUGAACACAACAACACCUUCUACAAGUGUACCAAUGAUGAAUUGCCUCCUCACGAAAAUACCUAAAGAACCAGUAACUUUUAUUAUUCAAUGUAAUCCAUAUGACCCACCAUGUUCUCUAUUAUUGUUUCUCCAUUUAUUGGUAACAAAUAACUUUAAAGUUACAAUUAAAUCAUUUAACCAUUCAGAAUUACCAAAGUCACUUCAAUCACUAUUUCACCUUUUUAUAGUAUCAUCCAGGAUGAAUGUAACGGAUACAAAUUUACACUUACAUUUUAUAUGGAAUCCAUUGUGUACUGAAUGUAAGGUAUCACGUGUUGGAGUAUUCUUCAUACCAGGCGCUUAUGGUGAAACUAUACUAGUUCAACAAAUCUAUAAUUUGUUUGAAUCCGCUGCACAUAAUGAUAAUAAUAAUUACAUGCCAGGGGUUAUACUUAUGAUUUACUCAAGCUUUGUGUCUUUACGUAAAUCAUUUCCAUCAUCUUCAAAGUUAGUUAGAUUAGACAGAGAAUCUACGAUAAAUUUUCUAGAUAAAUAUCCAUAUUUUGUUAAGAUUACACGUGUUUUCCCAUCGAUUGUUGACUGUUUAUUAUAUGAUUGUAUUAACCGAUUGAAUUUGUUCAAUGAAUUACCGGGUAAUUUAAAAUUAUGGGUAAAAUUUUGUCGGAAAUGGGAUACUUUUAGAUAG